CCGAGAUCAGCGGAGUGUCCAAGACAGUUUGGCCUGUCAAAGUGAGCGAGUCUAUUUUUUUACCUGAGUUCAAAAUUGGCUGUGGCAUCAGUGAAAAUAGUUUUAAGGUAGUAGAAGAGAAUGGAAUUAACCAAGUGAAGGACGAGGUUAUGAUCCAAUCAUCUUGUGGACAUCACCCUUUCAUUGGGGCUUGCAAGUACUUUUGGCAGAACCACCGGUUUCUCUUUAUAGUGAGCGAGUACAUGUGUGGUGGUGAGUUGUGGGAGUUGGUGAACAAAUACAGAGUCUUGCCUGAAGAUUUGGCCCGUAUUUACAUUGCUGAGAUGGCAAUAGCAUUAGACUUUCUACAUAAUGCUGGUGUGAUCUACAGAGAUUUGAAACUAGAAAAUAUUGUUUUGGACAGUUGUGGACAUGUGAAACUGAUUGACUUCGGACUGGCAAAACACCUUAAAUAUGGACGAAGAACUACUACUAUUUGUGGCACCCUUCAGUUUAUGGCACCUGAAAUAUUUGAAGGCCUCUACGGACAUGCAGCAGAUUGGUGGAGCCUUGGAGUGAUAUCCUACCUUCUUUUAAACGGAGAGUAUCCAAACGUGGUUCAGAGGAAGAUGGCUCAACUCGAGCAGCCAGAAACUACGAGAUCUACCGCAGAGGAGGAAUCAUUUAUAUCAACUGCAGAGAAUUGUUCAGUUGCUGGUAAAGACUUGACAUCUCGUCUGCUCCAGCCCGACCCUCUCAAAAGACUCCGAUCAAUAAUCACUUUGAAAACAAUUGCUUUCUUCAAAGGAUUCUCUUUUGAGGACGUUGUUUCUAAAAAGAUAAAUCUAUCUGAAAGACCUAAGUCCAAAGAUAACUCAUCGUCUCGAAAGAAGUUACCGCGAAGUUUAAGACCUUGUGCUCUGCGGAGGCCAAUGUCUGCAACACCAUCGUUUGGCUAUAGGGGUCAAAACCGCAGCAAGAGGCCUCCGCCUUGGAGCAGACCGCAGUCUGCGGAAGGAUCUGCAGGUCUGCGCCGCAGCAAACUGGCAGCCAAGUUCUCAGACCCUACUCUUCAUGACCCAGAUUAUUGUGCAGAUUUUGGAGCAACUUACACUUUGUCUUCCUCCCAACUGUUUAACAGCCUCAUGGGGAGUUGUUCAAUCAAUGAGGGCCUUGACUCUGACUCCACCCCUGCUCCAAGUCCUCAGCCGAGUCUAGGUGACACGAUCAAAGCAGCGGCUCAGCUAGAGCCUGGCCUCACGUCUAAACCUCCACUUCCACCCACACCCUCCCCCCAGACACCCAUGACCUCUGAUGAUAUCAUCAACCUCAAGUUCCAGAGAUGGUUCCCUGAUGCCAUCUUAGAGUCAGAGAUUAUCAGUAGAACCUCUCUAUUUGUCACACCAGAUCACUCGGACGAUGGUGGUAGUGUGCUGGACGAAGCUCCAACGACUGAGAGGAAUGAAAUCACACAAACACCACUUCCUGUCAGCAACAUUAGUACUUUUGUUAAGAAAAUUAGAACACCCAACGGAGGUGACGAAUCUUCAAAAAAGUCAAAUGUCAGAUUUGAUGAAACGAAGAAUGAAAAUUGUGUCGAUAGGAUACAACAAAUUAAGUCACCAAAGAUUGUCGUCCAUGAACCUGAUCUAUAUGGUUGUGAUAUUGUCACUGAAGAUUUUGUGUCGGAUGGAAAACACAGAUGUUUAACACCUAAUUACAUACCCACUCAGGACAAAUCUUGUAAAGUAAAUAACGAGAAACGUUUAUCACAUUGUGAUUUAACUGGAAAUUGCUCUCCCUGUGACUUAAAUGUGAGAUCUCACAGUGUAAAUCUCUAUUCUGAGAAUGAAAUGUGUAAAGAUAACGAGCGCAAUGUUAAAUCAGCGAAUUCGGGUAAACUAACAAAGGAGACUUUUUAUUCUGGAUUGAACAAAAUAGAAAAUAAAAAUAUAAAUUCAAGCAACUACUCAUUGAAAGGUGAAACACCCCUGUCUAGGGAUGAUGUUGAUAGUCCUUUUGGAUUUGAAACAUCUGCUUCAAAGUAUAGGUUGACGUCCACUCCAAUAACAUAUGACAAUAUUACAAGUUCGUUCAAUGGUAGCUGUGAGGGUAAAAGUGCAUCAGGGACUACAACCCACGUCUUUGAACAAGAAUAUGAAAAUAAUAUAAUUGAUUCCCUAUCUAUCAGUGAAAAAAAUGCAAAAGACUUUAAAUCUACUGAUAAAAAUGGAAAACAUGAACAUACUCUGUCAUCACCGAUUAGACUCUGUUCUGAGCAAGACCAAGUGUACCAUGCUCACCUCCAAACAUACAAAGCUAUGUUUGAAAAUCAAAUAUUGAGAAACAAUGUAAAAGUAUUAAAUUCUAGAGACACUGAUCAAUCUAAGAACAAAGAGACUGAUACGAGUACACAUAAACAAGAAAAGCACACUCACUUCUCAAAAUUUAUAAAGCCCUAUGACUCCUCAUCAAAAGAUAUUGAUAUAGACGGACCAGAGCAGCAUUCUAAAGAUCUAAAGGCAGAGAAUCAAAUAUCCCAAGUGAGAGAAUUCAUCAGUACUGGUAAUGGUCAAGAUUCAAUACCGGAUGAAGACAGAGAUUCUGAGAGUAAUUCAAACACUGGAAGGAGAAAUGAUGAUGACACAUCAAGCCAAAUAUACGAGCUUCUCAGCAAGCAUAGAAAUGGAGAAAAAGGGAGAAAAAACGUCAACCAAAAGAUCAAGAAACCAGUUAAAGAAGUGUGUAGAGCUGCGAGUGUUCCCCCAUUUCAAAGUUCAAAACCUCCCUUGUCUCAAUUGAAGCAUAUUAAUCCAAAGAGUAGUGUAGCCUUACACCAAAACACCAAGAAGAAAAACAGAAGAAGCAUGUCAUAUGACGCUUCAAUCACUCCUGACAUUCUUGAAAAGGAUUCUGGUGUAUCGUCAUAUGAAGAUAUAGUCACAAUGAUAAAGGUCCUUGAAAAAGAAGAUUUAGAAUCACCUGUUUUAAAAUACAAAACAUCUACUGCUGUUGAAAAUCUAGUUCCUGAACCAUCAUCAAGCGCCAAAGCGAUUUUGAAUUUCCUUGAUGAAGUUGAAAAAGGAACUACUGCAAUUGUGGACUCUGAUAAAUCAUUAAAUCUACCCAUCUCAGCUGAUGAAAGUGCGAGGUCAAGCAAAGAAGCUCCUAUCAGCUCCAGGCUGGGGUCUCUGCUGAACACAGACACUGCAGAGUUGGCUCAGCAAGUGAUGACCUUGACCUUGCAAAUGGAGGAGUCAGCAGCUGUGAGUCGAGCACUGGAGGAGAGGUACAAGCAGAGUGUGGAGCUACUAAAACAGCAGAAAGAGGAGAACGAUGAUGCCAACAAAAGACAGCAGAAAUUUAUUGAUCAGCUGCUUAAGGAAAAAAGACAGCUUGCUGUACAGUACGAAACAGCCAUUAAGGAACUAGAAGCAAAACAUGAGACAGCCAUAAAAGUUAUAGAAGAGAGACACAAGGUUGAGAUGAAGAAAGCACAGGACAAAUUUAAUGCUGCAGAAAAAAUAAGAAGGGAUAAGUGGAUUGAUGCUAAAACAAAAAAGAUUAAGGAGUUGACAGUGAAGGGUCUGGAGCCUGAGCUGGAGCGGAUGGCUGUGACUCACCAGCAAGAGAUUGCCGAUCUGCGAAGGGCUCAUCAGCGCCACCUAGAGGAGGCUGAGGCAGCGUGGGCUCGCCGCACGGCUGCCAUGAGAGAACAGGAGGCUAGUGAACGCCAGGCGGCCAUCUUACAUGAGAGAGAGGCUGCCAGACACAGACUGGAGCAGGAGAUGAACCAGGUAGAAAAAAGCUAUCAGGAGCAAAGAAGACGACUGUUAGAGGAGGUACGGCAGGAGAAGGAACUGCUGCAACGACAGAGUGAGAGAGUGAUCGCAGAGGCACAAGCUGAUAUUGCCAAACAGGUUGAUGAAGCUAAAAAGAAACUUCAAGAGAAAAUGGUUGAAUAUGACAAGAAGCACCAGGAAGAGCUUGCAAAAUGUCGAGAAAGCUUGGAGACUGAGAAAACCGCUUGGAUGGCUCGACAGAAAGCAACAUUGGAGGAAAAAGAGGUUGCAAUGAGAGAAGAGUUAAAGAGAGAGAGAGACAGACAUAUAGAGUUGGCAAUCAGACGACUGGAGACCGAAGCAGCGGCUAGGGAACAGGCAAUAGAAAACAAACUCAAACGGUUGAAGGAAAGCUAUGACGCCGAGGUCAGUGAUCUAGACUCAACUUUGAAGGAUCUGAGAGCUAGACUGAAGGAUGCCCGAGCAGAUCUACAGAAGAGCGAAGACACUAACGCAGGGCUUAGAGCUCAGCUUAGCCAAACUCAAAACGAGGUGCUGCCCCUAAAACAGACCAUUGAAAAAAUAAGGAAAGAAAACAACGAGACUUUACAGCAUUGUGAUGCCAAGGUGGGCAAGUUGCAGCAGGAAUUGAGCGAAACAAAGCAAUUUUUCCAGGAACAGGUAAACAAGAUACACAAUGACAAGGAGAAGCAACUGCAACAGGUUUAUACCAGAGUGAAAGAAGCAAUCAGCAAAAAAGAAGAAGCGUUGGUGUUGGUUACCAAACAGCGAGACGCUGCCCUAGAACAAUGUGCUCGGCUGGAGAAACUGUUGGAGACUCAGCGUUCACACUCACUAAAACUCUAGUCUGUCAUCUGGUCAAUUUAUGUGUGCUGUAUUUUGUAGAAUUUUGCAAUAUUAUACCUUA